ACAAACAGACGAACAAAGCAAUUUAUUCUUGCACAUCAUCCAAUCAAUUGAGUAUCUGAUCCACGUAUCUGCAUAGCACACGCCUUUAAUCGACCACAAUGAGCCAGUACACCGCUUCCGUGCCUCCAGAUGGACAAGUGCGGCCGGAGAUUGUAGAGUAUUUCGAGCGCUUCUAUGCCGUCUCUGAUACUCCCGACGCGCACGACAAGUACGCACAGCUGUUUACGAAAGAUGCCAAGUUGAUUAUGGGUCCGGCGGAGUCCAAUGGGCGAGCUGAGAUUCUCAAGUUCCGCCACGGCAUGUGGGAGAAGGUGGCGAAGCGCUCACACCGGCCGCUGCAAGUCUACGCCUUUGGCGCCGGCGCAGACGACGUUAUGCUGCAUGGCGAUGUGGAUUUCGUGCUCAAAGACGACCGCAAGGUGUCCAUGAGCUGGGGAGCAAAGGCUCACUUCGCCAAGGAGGAUGGAGAGCUAAAAAUGGAUGUGUAUCAGGUGUUUUUGGACACGGGUGCUAUGGCGCGGGCAAAGUAGAUUCGAUAGAUCGGCGAUCCAAUUUCACCUCCUGCACCAAGCGACGUCUUUUUUUGGUGCUGCGUUUGAAGUGAGGUGAGUUUGUGUCACCGGCAACAACC